UUCCCUAGUUUUCUACUCACAAGAGAAGUGUAAUUAGGCCUUUUAUUCGGGAAAGGAAGAGAAACAACACAGAGAAUCAUCAGCAGGUGACUGGAUACAAGUGAUUGAUGGAGAAGAAACGUGAAGCAGCCGCAGCCGAACUUCUUUCCAUUCAGAUAUAUGAAAAGCUUUCAUCAUUUUCAACAGUCUCAUCAUCUGGGUGUAGUAUUUGCAGAGUACCUAAUCCACUACGCCAGAUAAAUGAAAAGGCCUACGAACCUCAUAUAAUCUCAAUCGGCCCUUAUCAUCAUGGAAAAGAUCAUUUGAAAGGCAUGGAAGUGCACAAAAUGCAUUGUCUAGAAAGGCUCCUUCAAAGAGGAAGGGAGACUAGUUUGCAGAGAUAUGUGAUGGCUUUGAAAGGUAUGGAAGACGAGAUUCGCAAAUGCUAUGCAGAACCUCUGGAUCAUAUUGGUGGAGAUGCACUUGUGGAAAUGAUGCUCCUUGAUGGCUGCUUCAUCAUUGAGCUAAUCAGCUGCGGGAAUCAGACUCGGAAAAUUAGAGAACUCCGAGAAAAGAACGAUGAUUUUCGAAAUUUCAACGUGGUAAGCGUAAUCCGUGAUUUAUUACUGGUGGAAAAUCAGCUGCCUUUCUUUGUACUUUUGAAGCUAUUUGAUAUGAGUACUCUGGAGAAUGCUAUUUACGAUGAAGAAGAAGAGAACGACAAAGAGUUCAUUCAUAGGUCUCUAGAUUUCUUCUCUGGAAUGAUACCAGGCCCUGGAAUUCAAAAUUCUAUAAUAGUGAGCUCUAAAAUUCAAAAUUCUAUGGCACCAGACCCUGAAAUUCAAAAUUUUUUGAAAAUCUAUGCCCAGGAUAUCAAGAAUCUACUCAACUUAGUGCGUGUUAGCUGGCUUCCUUCGCCUGAAGCAAGACUUAAUUACAAAAAAUAUUCAGCAGUAUAUAGUGAAUGGAAUUUAACACGUAAUGCAACAGAGCUCCAAGAGGCAGGAAUCAAGUUCAAGAAGAUGAAUGAGGAUGAGGAGAAGAGCUUGUUUGAUAUAGAGUUUAAGGACGGUGUGCUGUGGAUACCUACCAUAAGAAUGGAAGAGAAUACGGACACCAUCCUUCGUAAUUUGAUUGCCCACGAACAAUGUUGCUGCGACUGCCCAAGGUAUGUCACUGAUUAUGUCACAUUCAUGAAUUGCUUGAUUAACACCGGGAAGGAUGUUGAGUUACUCCGUCGCUCUGGAGCUAUUGUUAAUGGGUUAGGUGAUGAUGAAGUUGUUGCAACCAUAUUCAACAGGCUCUGUCACUCAAUUGAGUUAUCCGAGAAGAACUUCUAUUCGGAGAUAUUUAUCAAUGUGAGGAAACAUUGUGAUAGAAAGUGGAGGGUAUGGAUGGCAUACUUAAGGCACAAUUACUUCACCACUCCGUGGGCGAUGAUUUCGUUCCCUGCUGCUGUUUUCUUGAUCAUACUUACAGCUGUGCAAACCAUAUAUUUGUUUCAUUCAUAUUAUCGACAGUAAGUACUGCCAAUUUGUUUUCUUAGAGCUUGAAAUAAGUGAAACUAAAAGCUCACAUGAAAAUGUACUCGUUUGAUUGCUUGUAAUGAAGUUUUUAUGCAGAUUACUAAUGACCUUGCAAGGAUUGUAUAUGUGUAUCGCUCAUCAUGAGAUCAUAUAAGCAAAUGCUCUCAGUACCAACAAAGAUGUCAAAAAAAU